UUUUCCAGACUAAGUAUGGAUUAUCUCCUGUGUACAAUGGACUCCCUAAUUCCGGUAGCUACGGGGGUUACACGAACGGAGGAUUCAACAGCCCCGUUGGAACGAUCAACGAACUCACCGACCUUUUCAACGACCUGAGCUUCGAUUGCAAGCCCACUAAACGACCGCCGCCAAGCUAUCUAUGUCACUUGUGCUUCAAAAAAGGUCAUUACAUUAAAGACUGCCCUCAGGACUGUGUGUUGUGUGCGCAGGCCAGACCUAAAGGGGAAGGUCUCACCCCUUACCAGGGCAAGAAACGCUGCUUUGGUGAAUACAAGUGCCCCAAGUGCAAGAGGAAAUGGAUGAGUGGAAAUAGUUGGGCUAAUAUGGGUCAGGAAUGUAUCAAGUGUCACAUCAACGUCUACCCCCACAAGCAGCGUCCUCUGGAGAAACCAGACGGUUUGGAUGUAUCCGACCAGAGCAAGGAGCACCCACAGCAUUUGUGUGAGAAAUGUAAAACAGUUGGCUACUACUGUCGGCGCGUGCAGUGAUUUUUAUGGAACCCCUCACAAACUAGAUACAAAAUCAAAAACCUCUAUGCAACGCAAUUUACACAAUGUUAAUACCUACUACUUAAGAUUCCAUUUUCAAACCUAUUUCACAUAGCAGUAUUUUGUCCAUAAAAGAGUAUAACAAUUUGUUCAAACUUCAAAUUGUUAAACAUCUCAAGGCACAACUUUUAGGAUAACCAGAACUGAAACUGCUCUUUAAAGUGUUAUGUAUAAUCUUGAAAGUGCUUCGGUUGAAGGAGAAGUGUUUAUAUUGAACUGCAGGUUGAAAUAACUGUUUUAUUUCUGGUCCUCUUAAGCUCAUAGCACUUAGUAUUCAUCAAUAGCAAAAUAACAGAGUAUAGAAAUAUAAUCAAUAACUUAAUAUAAGGUCUAUUCAGAUGCAAAUAUACUCAGCUAUCUAAACCUGGAUACUCAUCUUGCCGUUUAUAUUUCAUAAUAUCAAGAUAUUCAAGGAUUAUUUUGCCAUAGUUAUCAAUACAUUAAUUCCAUUGAACAAGAUUUUUUUUUUGUGUGUGUGUUUAAUUCGUUUACUUUUUAGGUUCGAUGAUUGUUCGACUCGAAGUGGAUAUGAAGUGUGCCUUCACUGGGGCAAACUUAAAGAAGACGAAAAGCGACCUCUAUCAAUAAUAGUACAUAUAGUAUCCCCAAAUGUUCUGAAUGGCCUUUAUUUUCGCAAUGUUUGGUCGUAAACAUGUACUAAUACUUCCACUUCCAGUUACAAAAGUGGUUUAAAUGACGAAAAUACUCACGUUUUGGCAAUUUUAGAUUGAAAAAAAUUAGUUUUGGACAAAUAAUGAAUGCCAACUUUUUAUGUGAUCAACCGAUCAGAAUAAUUAUAAUUAGAAAAAUUUUGUACUCAUUAUAAAUAUAUGUAAUUAAUGAGUACACCACAUGAUUUCCAUGUACUGGCUAUUAAAUUAUACAUAUUUUUCGCUGCAUUUCAUUUAAACUUAUUUCUUCGAGUUUCAUUAGAGACGUAUUUUUCAUCCAAUCAAUUCAGUUCUCACUUCGCUGCAGGGCAAAAAUAUGUAGAAACUCAAAACAUCUUCAUGAAAAAUCGUAAAAUACAUCAAAUACAGCUAAAAACUGUAAUAAAAAAAAUUAGAGUUAAAAAUUAGACUUUCUACGUCAAAACAAACAAUUCGGCUAGCGGGCAGGAAGGCAACAUUUUCCGUGCACAAAAUUGAAAGUUAACUUUGGUCUCACUGGGCAAAAAGACACUGAAGUUGGUGCACCAGCUGACUUAAUUCACUGUUCUAUUAAGAGCUUAAAAUGUAAACAAAUGUCGGCCUUGUUAAGCUUAGUGCAAUUUAAACUUUUAAAUUGUUGAUAAUUCUACAACUGCUGCAUGUUAAUUAACUAAAGGCAUAAAAACCUUAACCGGAACAUUAGCCCAACAUAAUUCAAUCAUUUUUAAAGCAAAAAAUGCACA